AUGUUGGUUUUGAGAUUGAUGGUUGUCGGUAUUAUUCUCCAAAUAUUUCUUGUGGAAGCUAAAUCUCUUUUAGCAGACACAAUUAAAUAUGCAGUAUCCAAUACUUUUAAUAAAACCGCUAAUUUGGUUCAAGUGGUAAUUGAAACCGAUUCCGAAAACAACCUCGUAGCAUAUCUGGAAAUUAUGGACAAAAUUCUAGCCUACGAUUAUUGGUUGUUUCGAUGGCAAAUUGAUGUUAACAACAAGAAUAUUCAGUUCGUCAGUGACUAUAAUUUAUUGUUCAUUGACUCGUAUGAAGCUUUUCGCCGACUUCUUCAAUCGAUUGGUAACUAUAACAUAGACUCACAAGUAUUCUAUUUUAUAGUUCUAAGAACUCCAGAAAACUACGUGGACGACAUACAGAAAAUAUUCUCAGAUUUUCUAUUCCUUAUGAUAGCCAAUGUCAAUGUUAUUAUUGAAACGGUUUUCGAAGAAGUUCUUUUCUACUCCUUUAAUCCGUAUCAAAAACUUGCAUGCCAAUCAACGAAUCCUCUCCUCACACAUCGGUUUUCCGCUAAUAAAUCAAUAAAAUCUUCAAUACCAUUUUUUCCACCGAAAGCCGACAAUUUGCAUGGAUGUCCUCUUCGAAUUGGUACCGCUAAUGAACUUGUUGUUGCACUGGCAAACAACAAAGUACCAGAAAAUCGAAGCAGUCCUGAUAUAUCUUUUCUUGAACUUACAAUUCUCAAGGAAUUUGUUUCCAGAACGAAUUUCACAGUCGCUAAUAUUGAUCCGUAUUUUUUUGAACCCGAAGAGAUACUCAAAAGUGGAAAAAUUGAUAUGAUCAUUAGUUGUUUCGCAAAUGGACCUAAGCGAAAUAAAGUUCUAUCGAAAACUCAAUUCUACUUUUUAUCGAGAAUUGUAAUUGUUCUUUCUAAACGUUUUAAUGCAUUUCGGACGUAUGUUUGGAUUCAAGAACCGUUCAAUUCUACAACAUGGAUUUGUGUUGUUGCUUCACUAACUUUUAUCACUGGAUGUUGUCUGAUUUUGGCAAGAAUUAGAAGAGUUUUUCAGAAGAAUCCAUACUAUAAUGAAGGACUCGAAAUAUUAUCUGUAUCAAUAGGUGCACCAAUUUCUUGA